AUAGUGACGAACCAAAGAGGCCGCGCCAGCCAAUGCGCUGACGACAGCCGCUCUUGAGGCGGGUUUUGUCAGGCAUGCCCCGUGUAUCCGCCAUUAUUCUAGACACGCUGUACGUGCUUUUUACGUGGGACAGGAAAUGGCGAAAGAUACAAGUACUCUAGAUAGAUGACGACGAUCUACACCGAUUACUAAGUGUAGUUCAGAGUGGUGAGAUUUUUCCUUAAACACAGCAUAUCUUUCGACUUUUAUCACAGGAAAUGUAUACCAUCAAGGAUAUCAACAUCACUAUCGGGGAUGAGAAGUUCAAGAUCAACACCGAAGAUCUCACCUCGAAAGAGCAGAAAGAUUUCGAGAUCUCGACCAAGAUGAACCUGGCCAAGGUAGGCUCGGCUCCGAGCCUCCAGGACUCCCGCGUACACAGUAUGAGGGACUCCGGUAUCGACAUCCGAGCGGAGUCGGAGGACAGUGUUCCCAACAGCGGCGACGAGAAUAAGAUGGAGAUCGAAGUGGGGAAAAUCAAGCACGAGAUCGUACCUAUAACGUCACCGGAGGAGGGACUGAGCGGUCCCCUGGCACCGACCCACAAGGAUAACAUCACCAUCCCGAUCGAGAUACGGGUGCCAGCGAACGACGGGCGGCAGAGCAAGUCUGCCCCGGCCGCUCAGGACGAUCCCGCCUUCCCGGGGAACACCUCCCCGCGGAGCCGAAUCCCCGUGCCCGUACAGACCGCUGACAUCAGCCGGGAGAACCGGGCAGACGUGCUGAACCGGGCAGAACGCCUGCUGAGGGCUCAAGAGACCAUGGAUCCUACACAGAACAAACAACAUGCAAGUUUACCCAAGGCACCUGAGAACAACGUCCUGGACGUCGCACGGAUCGAACAGCCUCCAUACAUCCCUCCAAUCCUACCCCCUUCCAAACCCGCAUACCCAGAGAGCCGACAAACAGUCACCACCGCCAACCAUCUCUCCGAGAGUGACUUCUCAGACGAUGACGAUCUCACGACGGCCCGGAGCGUCUUGGACAGCCGUCAGCCCCUCAGCCAGCCACGCCGGGCCAGGAGGGUGACAUUCUACCGCAACGGCGACCCUCACUGGAAGGGCGUCAACUUCGCCAUCAACAACAAGCGGAUCCGCAACAUGGAAGCGUUGCUGAUCCUCCUGAGCGAGAAGAUCCCCCUCCCGUACGGUGUCCGCCACGUGUACACCCUGGGCGGCAAGCGGCUGACGGACCUGAGCGAGCUGGAGCACGGCAAGUCGUACGUGUGCGCCAGCGGGGAGAUGGUGAAGGGAGUGGACUACGGCAGGAAGACCGAGCGCUACUGGCACAACAGGAAACCCACGGCGGGCAGGCGCCGCGGCGAGAACUACCUCUACAAGGAAGACCCCGUGGACAGGAUCUCCAUCGACUCCAGACAGAGCAUGAUGAGCGACCAGCUGUCUCCGCGGAGCAAGCCCAGGGUCAUCACCAUCAUCUCCAACACGCACAGGGACUCCCGCGGCAAGAUCUUACUCAACCCGAGAACAUCCCAGAACUUUGAGGACAUUCUCAGAGACAUGACGGGAGCCAUCAAGAUGACCAACCCUCCCAUCGAGGCACUCUACACCUUCUCAACAGAACAAAAGGUUCAGGGGUUCGGCCAGUUGUUCCGUGAGUUCCGUGAUUGUGACAUCUUCAUCGCCUGCGGCUCGGAGGCCCUGAGAAGAGGCCCGCCCAGCAGCGAGGGGUACAAGUCUGACACACACGCACACGUGCACCACGAGCGUCCGGCUAUCAAACAGUCCAGGAAGACACAGACACCACAGACACAGCAGAUGAACGGUUAUGUCAGCCGCUCGGACAGUGGAGAAGACGAUCUCCCAUCACCACCCAGCGAGGCCUACAGACCACGCAGGCGCAGUGUGCAGUCCAACGCCACACAAACAGACAUCGAUGUCGAUCCCAAACCACUGGACGACAUCGGCGACAACUCCAUGGACACGUCAGGUGCACAGGUCAGUGACCCCUACGUGUCGACCCCGAUAGCCUCGGAAGACGACGUCGUGCGCAUGACCAUCCACGGCAGACGGCAGACCUUCUUCCGCCCCACGAGCUACGACAAGACGUACGUCAACCCCGGCAGCAGACCCAGCAAGAAACUCAAGCUGGAAUGGGUGUACGGGUACCGCGGGUACGAUGCUCGGGACAACCUGUGCGUUCUGCCGUCCGGAGAGCUCAUGUACUUCGUGGCUACCGUGGUCGUCAUGUACAACCCGCGCAAGGAAACACAGAGACACUAUCUCGGGCACACGGAAGACAUACAAUGCAUGUCCCACCAUCCCAGUGAGCAGUAUGUCGCCACGGGACAGAUGGCCGGGCAGCUUCCGGAUGCACACGCACACAUCAGAGUUUGGGAUCACGUGUCGCUCAACACUCUGGCCGUGAUCGGGCUGGACACCUUCCAGAACGGCAUCUGCUGUCUCGGAUUCUCCAAACAGAACCACGGUCAGUACCUGAUGGCGGUAGAUGAGGGAGACAACCACGUGCUGAGUGUGUGGGACUGGCAGGCAGACAAGAUCGUCGCCAAAACGAAGACUCACCCGGACACAGUGGUGCUCGGCGCCUUCCACCCGCACGAGGACAGUAUCCUCAUCACGGCAGGGAAGCAGCACAUGUACUUCUGGAAGAUGGUCGGCGGCAAGAUCCUCAGGGACAAGAAGAGCGGUGUGUUCGAGGGCGAGAAGCCGAAGUUCAUUACCGGGAUGGAGUUUUCCGCCGCUGGUGACGUCAUCACGGGAGACUCGAGCGGGAACAUCCUGGUGUGGUCACGUGACGAUAACAACAUAUUCAACCUUCAGCACGCUAUCAUGCGCGCACAUGAGAAGAGCGUAUUCACACUGCGCAUGCUCUCUGACGGGACCCUUCUAUCCGGAGGCGGAGUUGACCGGAAGUUGGUGGCCUGGGACUCCCUGAGGGGGUACAUCCCGGCAAAGGCAGAGAGACAGCUGUCGGAAGCGAACGGCGGUAUCCGGACCAUUGUUGAACAGAACGCGGGACAGGCGGACGGUCUGCUGUACCUGGCCACUUCCAACAACCUCAUCAUACAGGGGUCCCUACAGACGAAAUUCACCACCGUUAUCCAGGGCCACAGUGAGGAACUGUGGGCGCUGGCUGUCCAUCCUCACGAGCACGCGUUCCUGACGGCAGGGUACGACAAUCACGUCUGUCUGUGGUCCUCAGCUACACACAAGCUACUCUGGAGGGUCUCUGUCGAGAAACCUUGCCUGUCGGCGACGUUCUCCCCUAACGGUGCCUUAGCGGUUGUGGGCACGACAGUCGGCCUGUUCGUGGCGCUGAACGCGUACGACGGCUCUCUUGUCGCCUCCUUCCAAGUCGGCACGGAACAACUGGACGCCAUCAGGUUUUCCCCAGACGGCAGCCUCCUGGCCAUGGGUUCCCAUGACAACACCAUCUACCUCUUCUCUGUUCUAGACGACGGGCGGACAUUCCGCAAGGCGGCGCUGUUGAAAGGACACAAGAACUUCCUGACCCACAUCGACUGGUCGUCAGACGGACGGUACCUGCAGAGCGUGGACGGAGACUACGAGCUGCUCUUCUGGAAGGUGGAUGAAAACCGGCGGGAAAACCCGGCCGUGACGAGAGACGUCACGUGGCACACGCAGACGUGCAUCCUGGGAUACAACGUGCUGGGGAUCUGGCCAGCCAGAGAGAACGGCAUUGACAUCAACACAGUCUGCCGCUCCGAGUCAGGAGACCUGCUUGCUGUUGGAGACAGUCAGGGUUUCCUGAAGCUCUACAGAUAUCCCUCCACACAGAAAAAGGCCCAGAGUCACCAGUGGAAGAUGUGCAGCAGCAACGUGACGAGCGUGAAGUUCCUGUACGAUGACGGCUACCUGCUGACUACAGGCGGCAUGGACGCCGCUCUCAUGCAGUGGGCCGUGCAGGCGACAGAGGGCAUCAACAGGAACAGGGCUAAGCGCUACUGAGUUCAAACAGAGCGGCUCAAAUCUUUGAGUGGAAGAUAGCACGCUAUUCUGUGAGGAGGCCUGUAACGUUAUGCCAUUUUUCAUGAGUGAAAUCUCGUGUUAGACUAAAAUCUCGCGAGACGUCGUCAUCUCGCGAGAAACUGAAAUCUCGUGAGCCAUCGUCACCAACUGGCUCUCCUUUCGAAGUCGAAGAUACAUUAUUUGCCAUCUUUUGUAACGGUGAACAUAUGAUGAUGCCACGCCAGCUAUAUUUUAGCUACUUCACUUCAUCAUGUUGCACCAUGUAAUAUGCCAGAACAGUGCCAAAAUGCAUAAGUUUGCCAUCAUCUGUAAAUAUAAGAAAUAAAUGUUUGUAUGUGUCAGCUAGCGGUAGACUUCUUCCUAGUACUGUUGUGAAGAUGGUUGUACAGUUUCAUAGAGCUCGAGUUUCUCGUUUCUCAUCUUAGCCUAGCACAAGAUCCUUACAAACGGUAUUUCUUGUAGGUUUGCUUGCACAUAUCAAUGCGCUAAAAAUGUUCCUUAAAACUUUAUCGUUGCCCUGAUGUGACAAGGAUCCCCUUUGAGGAUGCCCAAAUGUUUGUUUAUAUGUGUACAUAGUAGGACUCCAUAUAAUCAUGGCCGCGUUUAAUAUCGUAUGUCUUGUUAGCAACACAAGUUUAUAGGAUGAUGCUUAGCAGGUAAUAUAGACUGAUAACAUGUUAUAGUUGGAAAACAACCGGAUGAAAAUUGAGUAGAUGAGACAGUCAUUACAACAUUAAUAUUGUUUAAGGAUAAUCAUGACGAGUGCUAGUUGGCUCCUGGUUCAUGACAUUGUAAGUUAUUGUAAGAAGACGUGCAGGAGGUAUUCGAUCCCCAAUACUCACACUGUACUGAAGUCAUGGAAAGUAGUUUUUUGCUAUACAAUGCACUAGGCUGAGAUAGUCUACUUAUACACAUGUAAAAGCGGUAAGUGAUAUUUCGUAUCAAGAUGUAUUUAUAAUGUGUGUGGGACGUCUAAAAUAAAAUGUAUUUUAGCAAUGACGUUGUUGGU